AUGACUAGAAUUCCAAUGACUCUCCGUUUUACCUCGACCACAAGUCCAGCUAACGUCUUGAACAAGACUAUCAAACCUCAACAACGCAAACGUGACCGUAUUUUCAGUAGACUCAACAGAGUUACUAACAAGGUUGGAACAUGGAUUCACAAACCAUACUCCAAGCUCAAGUCUUCAAGCUCCAGCAGCUUAGACCUUGCUGAGAAGGAUGCUAGUGCUCCAUCGACAAAGGUGUCAAAAGAGCCAACUACAAUGCAUUCCCUCAAGCAGAUGAAGAAGUUUCUCUUCUUUAAGAGCUCUCGCCUCGCCGAAAGCUCUGACUUAACUACUACAGUGAAGAAGCUUCUUGAAGAGCAGAACUGUACUAUUCCAGUGUUGCUCUUCAAGAACUACCCUUCCUCUGAUUCCCCUGACAAGGGUUUCGCUUUCUUUGCCAAAAUGGUAAGACAGACCGCCAAGAUGAGUCUGAAGCUUCUCACUGAGACAGCUGUUUCUACCGAUGGCUGGCAGACUGUGAAGCCCAGACGUCAGAAGAAGAAGGUCGAAAGAUCCUCUGACCCUACACCUGUCCUCAUCCCCAGUACUCUCAAGAAUAUGAGGAAACUGCAAAAAAUUACUAUUGGCAAGUCGAGUGAGCCUGUCCAGGACCUCAGCAAGCUCAAGAGGAAGAACAUCUAUGAUCAUCUUCUGAUCUGA